GCUGGGACGGAAUCUACAAGCUGGAAAGAGGCGGUGUCGGCAAGGCAAGGAGGGCGGGGGGCGCGGUGGACAGAAGCUUUCACACGCGGAGGGCUCCAGCCCACUCUGGCAGCAAAGGUGCCCGCGGGAGGCGUGAAUACCAUGGGCUCUUGCUCCGGCCGCUGCACGCUUCUUGCGCUCUGCGCUCUGCAGCUGGUCACUGCUCUGGAACGGCAGGUGUUUGACUUCCUGGGCUACCAGUGGGCACCCAUCCUGGCCAACUUCGUCCACAUCAUCGUGGUCAUCUUGGGGCUCUUCGGCACCAUUCAGUAUCGGCCACGCUACAUUGUGGUGUAUGCUGUGUGGGCAGCUGUCUGGGUUACCUGGAAUGUCUUCAUUAUCUGCUUCUACCUGGAAGUGGGGGGCCUUUCAAAGGACAGUGAGCUCUUGACCUUCACUCUCUCCCGGCAUCGCUCCUGGUGGGAAGAGCAUGGGCCAGGCUGUCUUCAUGAGGAGGCAGCCACAGCUAGACUGGGGGUAAUGCAUGGCCAGUCCUUGGUGGUAGAUGCCGGCUGUGCCAUGGCGUACAGCUAUGUGGAAACCCUGCACAGUGGUCUGCAGAUCCUGCUGGCGCUCCUGGGUUUCGUCUAUGGCUGCUACGUGGUCAGUGUGCUUACAGAAGAAGAGGACAGCUUUGAUUUCAUUGGUGGAUUUGACCCAUUCCCCCUGUACCAUGUCAAUGAAAAGCCGUCCAGCUUCUUGUCCAAGCAGGCGUAUUUGCCUGCAUAAGUGAGGGAACAGCUGACCCUGCUCCUGCAACCCAGCUUCAGCCACAGGAACAAUGAGGAGACUCCAGGGCUGGAGUCACAGCUCUGCUUCCCUGCCUGCAGAGCAUUUUUUUCCAAAUUCCCCUUGGAUACCAGUGAGGGGC